AGUUCUCAUUUCUAGAGAAACAUCACGGUAACUACAUUUCCCAGAAGGCGUCAUCUUACGUCAUAAUUCUGCGCAGAGUUGAGGUGGCUUUCCAAAUCAGGUUAUUUUCCGGCUGCUCACCUGAAAUCCCAGCAGCUACUCUCAUCAUGACGAAGCUUCUGGAAUGGCUGUGCGGCGUGUCGACUCUAGGCGCAGUCUGGGCUUUAGUUACCUUCGACCUGCUGGACCUGAGCCUGCCGCAGACAUACAGAGAGGUUGCCUGGCCGAUGCCUCUGUAUCUGCUUGUUUCGUUUGGCUGCUACUCCUUAGCCACCGUGGGAUUCAGGGUGGCCACCUUCAAUGACUGCGAAGAGGCAGCAAAAGAGUUGCAGGAGCAGAUUAAAGAAGCAAAAGAGGACUUAAGAAAAAAAGGCUUAAAAAUGUAGAACUUGUAGAAGGACUAUGUAAAACGUUUUGAGAGACUGAAAAAGAUUCAGGGUCCACUAUCUGUCACAGUGCAGUGUCUGCACGUGUGAGGUUGGAGUUGUUUCCUCUGGGAAAUGUCACUGAACUCUGAUUCCACACCCAUCUUGGUGUUUUCAGUAGCCAUCUCAACAUCUGUCAUAACAUUUUAGAGCACCAUUUAUAUUUUUCUGUCUGAUUAUCUGUCAUAUAUUUUAAGUUAGAUAUUGGUAAGAUAUGCCUCAGAGAAUUAAAAGUCUAAUAGAUGCAUUUCUAGGUUAUCUGUGUGUAUGACCGAGCAAUUUGAUCUUUGUUAAAAAAUGUUCAUCAUUCUCACAAUUUAAAGACCAUUAUAAACUGGGUUGUAUUAAUCAGUUUGUGUUCAAGUUGGUGUGUAGCAGGUGGUUGUACUGAUAGCACAUUUGACAUCAGAUAAAGGGAAGCUGAACAGUGAACGUGUGCUGGCUUUAGUUAGAAACUACACACCGUUCAAUACCCCUGAGUUCAUAUUACUGGUAUGACAAAUUAUCAUCUGUAGCCAGUUGCCGAUCACUAAAAGGCCAACAAAUGAAAUCCAAAUGUCACAUUGGAGUAGUCUGACUAAAGAUUUUCCACUGGACAUUCUUAGAUGCUUUCAAUCUGCAUCAGCUCCACAACAGUAUGACAGUGUGCAGACUGUUGCUUGUCAGUAUAGAUGGACUAGAUUUUAUCUGUACAUUCCAUUGUCCGAUUUCAUACAUGUGCCCUGCAGCUAUGGCUGGGACUUAAUUAAAACGGAGUCUGUUGUCUUCA